GAGGAGACUUCGUGAAGAAGGAUCAAAUUUUCACAAGUAAAGGGGUUCUGAAGGCAACAAUGGAAAUUUUAGCGAUGAAGAAUAAUUUCGAUUACACUGUUAUCAAAUCCACGAGAAAAUGGUGGUAUAUUCGAUGUAAAGAUGCAUUGUGCAACUGGACUGUGCGUGCAGAAGGAAUAGAUGGGUCUACAUAUUUCAUGAUCAACCAAUGUGAUGGAAGACAUUCAUGUGCUCCUUCAAAGAAAAGGAAAUUCGGAAAAACAGCAUCAGCAAGAACAAUUGGGACUCUGAUACAACAUCGAUUUGAUGAUGCAAACGAUGGCCCAAAACCGAAUGACAUCAUUCAAUUUAUGAGAAUGGAGCAUAGUUGUGAGAUUACUUAUUGGCACGCUUGGGAAGCUCGUGAGUUUGCUAUUGCAGCUGCUAGAGGUAUACCAGAUCGCAGUUACUCUAAAAUACCAGCAUAUCUGCAUAUGAUUAAAGAAGCAAAUCCUGGUACGCAUACUCACUAUGAAACUAAUGAGAAGGGAAGAUUCAUGUAUCUAUUUAUGUCAUUUGGGCAAUCAGUUAGAGGAUUCUACAAUGCAAUGCGAAGGGUGAUUGUUGUUGACGGAACUUUUCUGAAAAAUAAAUACAAAGGGACACUUCUUGUUGCUACUGCUGUAGAUGGUAACUCUAAUUUGUAUCCGAUUGCAUUUGGGGUUGUUGAUUCAGAGAAUGACGAUUCUUGGGGGUGGUUCUUCAGACAGUUGAAAGUGGUUAUUGCUGAUUGUCAAGACCUAGCUUUUGUCUCAGAUAGAAAUGCGUCUAUUUCUAAAGCUAUUGGGACUGUCUACCCUCGAUCAGCACAUGGAAUUUGCAUUCAUCACUUAUUGACCAAUGUGGUCUCAUUUUUCAAGACAAAAGGAUUGACUGCGUUGGUAGAAAAGGCUUCACGGGCAUAUAGAUACACUGAAUUUCAAGAACGUAUCACCGAAAUUUUUGAUAUGAGUCCUGAGCUUGGAAGAUAUCUACGGGAGGCUGAUGUGCGCAAAUGGGCUCGUUCUCUCUUCCCUGGUUCCAGGUAUGACAUUAGGACCACGAACCCUGCAGAGUCUAUAAAUUCAGUUCUUAGAAUACCUAGAGAAUAUCCGGUUAUUCCUUUGCUUGAUAGUAUAAGAGAACUGUUGACUCGAUGGUUCUAUGAGCGUCGCUUGUUAAGCUCAAAGCAUCUAGAUCCUUUAACCGCUAAGGUGGAGAGAAAGAUUGAUAGGAGAAUUGUGAAGGCAAAAGGAUUCCAGGUUUACAAGGUUGACAACUUCAGAUCGGUUGUAAAAGGAGACAUAUAUGAUUGUCAUGUUGAUUUGGAAAGAAGAACAUGCACAUGUGGUAAGUAUGAUAUAGGAAAAAUUCCUUGCCGACACGCCAUUCCUGCAAUUUAUUCACGAGGUAUGGAAGUGCACAGAUUCACUGACGCCUUAUACAGCACUGCAGCGUGGAGAACCGCCUAUGCAGAUUCCAUUAAUCCAAUAGCAGUUGUAGAGUCAGAAUGGAAUGUCCCUGCUGAGGUUAAACUUGCAAAGGUUUUACCACCAAAGACAAGAAAGAGUGCUGGUCGACCAGUAAAGAGAAGGUAUGAAUCAGUAGAAGACAAGAUCGCAUCUUCUCAAGGAUCAAAGAAGAAUAAAAAGCAUAAGUGUAGCCGUUGUGGAACUGAAGGACACAAGAGAGGAACAUGCGAUUUACCCAUCUAGUUUGUUAUGUGUCUGCAUCUGUCUCUGUUUUUUUCUUUAUUGCUUUUGAAACAAUUUGAUCUUCUGUUUAAGAACCUAUUUGACAAUUUGGUAUUUGCUAAACUAUAGAGACAAAUCGAUUUA